UUUGGUUUUGUGAUUAAUAGUUGUCAGUUGAGUUUCUUUUGCGUGCUUGUGAAAUGUUCGUCUCAUUUUGUAUAGAACAGCAGAGGCGAAGUGUUGUGUUCCUGGAAAAUAGCAAAAAAAUAACAAUGAAAAUGAUGUUCAAAUAAAGGAAAUAAAUUAUGUUUAUUAGUUCAGUGUCGGAAAAUGUAGUUAUGUUCAUUGGCAACUAAUAAAUUUUUUCAACUAAAUUUAAAUAAAUUACAAUAAAAAGUGAAAGUUUAUUAGAUAUUGUUUGAUAGUUUAUAUGCAUAUGCAACAAAAUUUUAAGUGAAAAUUUUUUGUUUAAUGAAAUGCAUCUGGAAAACCAGGUUUUUCAAUAACCUCAAUGUAGUUAAAAGUUUACGGUCAAGUUGUGCAUGGCAACGACUAUUUAAACAUAAAAGCCCACAAUUCCAGAACAUUGACAAGCCAAUAAUAAGAAGGAAAUUAAGUGACUUCAAGGAUUCAUCCAACAGAAGCUUUGCUACGAUUGUGAAUUAUAAUAAGAUGACUUCCGCUAAUGAUGCUGACAACGAUACCCACAACGACAGAAAAGUUUCAACCAAUUCAUUCGACGAUAAUACAUUGACGUCAUCCUCACAAGUAACACAACCAACACUUUUGCCAUUGUAUGAAAAAUUAUUGGAGCAGUGUCAGGAGCAGGCAGUAUUUUUUCAGGAUGAUAGCACCGAACGAGGACAACGUUUAUAUGCAGCAUUUGUUGCUUGGCAAGAUUUUAUACGUUCAGCCAAUAAGUUGGUUUUACAAAUUGAAGAAUUUGCGCAUAAAUAUGACUUUGAUGAGAAUACUCCGGGUAAUGGUUACCGUAGUUUCGUCUCGGUAACUAAUGCUUGCGUAGUACACGGUCAAGAGAUUUGUAAAAAUCUGGUAACAGCACGUUCCACGGUAUUCUUUCGUAAAAAGUUUUAUAUGAAAGAAGUAGAGUCCUGUUCACAACUCCUCUCGUCCUUAUGCACUUGUCUACAGUAUUUGCUUAUAAUGCACGAAUGGUCGCACGAAACAACAGAUCUUUUUGCGAAUGGUGAACACUCAGCCGAGGAACUAUUCGAAAUGGGAGACACAAUAAAUCAGUAUUGUUUUUAUGGACGCUGUUUAGGUUUCCAAUACGGUGAUUCGAUACGUGGAGUUUUACGCUUUAUAUCGAUUGGCAUGGCUGGAUUUUCCGAAUCAUUUUAUUCAGAAGAUGCCGAUGGUGCAAUAGCAAAGACCACACGUAGCAUUUGGACCGGUGGCAAGUAUUUUCUUAAUCCAGAACUGCGUGCACGUCGUAUUGUGAAUAUAUCACAAAAUGCAAAAAUCGAAUUUUGUAAAUCCUUUUGGUUUCUUGCCGAAUCAGAAUUAAUGCAUAUGAUACCGAGCAUUGUUGGUAGUUCCAUUAAAGUUAAUCGCAUGAUACAAAUUCCAGCUGAGCCAUUGCAAUUACCAAGGGUGCAAUCGAAUUCUCCAACGACUGAUGUUAAUCAAAAUAGUUCAAAAUUUGUUGAUAUACCAGUGCCUUCAUCCCAUUUAGGACCAGGUUUACCAGUUUCUGUACGUUUAUUAAGCUACUCACGUCGUGAAGGAAUGGUAGGUGAGGGUGGACGUUAUCGUGGUUGGCGAAAAUUACCACCACGUAGCCCUAGCAUACUAUUUCAUUGUCAUGGAGGUGGUUUCGUUGCGCAAUCGUCGAAAUCACACGAAUUAUAUUUACGUGACUGGGCAGUCGCUAUUGAUGCACCUAUCUUGUCGAUCGAUUAUAGUCUUGCACCAGAGGCUCCAUUUCCACGUGCAUUGGAGGAAGUUUUUUAUGCGUAUUGCUGGAUGUUGAAAAAUGCCGAGCAUCUCGGUACCACCGCUGAACGUGUAGUGUUGGCUGGUGACUCUGCCGGUGCAAAUCUCUCUAUUGGAGUUGCACUCAAAUGUAUUGAAAUGGGCGUACGUAUACCAGAUGGUAUAUUCUUAGCAUAUUGUCCAACACUCGUGAGUUUCAUACCAAGUCCUGCACGUCUACUAUGUCUUAUGGACCCAUUACUACCAUUUGGUUUCAUGAUGCGUUGUUUACGUGCAUACGCAUCGCCUGCUAGAGAAACGUUAAAUGUAAAUGCUAAACAUGUGGAAGAAGCAGCAGAAGUGCGAAACGCUGUAGGAAAUGAACAACAUUUUACGCUUAAUUUGGAUAAGUCAAUAAGUGCUGCAUCAAGUAGACGUGCUUCGAACGCUAAAAGCCCGUGUUCAUCAUUAGCAGAAAAUUCUAAAUGGGAUCAAAUUAAAUACAAAGAACCAAAAAAUGCUACAGUAUUCAAUGGUUUAUCUGAUGAAGUUGAGACUGAGGACAGCAGUGAUACUUUUGCCAGUGCAUCAUAUUAUAGUCAAACGGUUGAGCACACCGAUCUGCCGUCCGAUGAAGAAGAUAACAGUUCUUGCGUUUCAUUCGAAGACGAUUCACAACCCAUAGAACAUUAUCCAAUCGAGAUAUCGGCGAAUAUGCAAAAAAAUUCAGAUUCCGAGCAGUAUAUUGAUCGGUUUCUUGAUAAAUAUUUGAUAGAUACUAAUACAAUUGAGGCUAAAGAAGAUGAAACAUCUUCAAAUAAUGAUAAAGCUAAAGUAAAUGGUCUUAAUCCUACUUUUGCUAAAACUCCUUCUGAAGAUAAUUUAAUUAUUGAAACUGGCAAAGAAAUGAUUGCCUUCGAUUCGCUACAAGGCUGUUUAAAUAAUGCCGUUAAUAGUAUUUCAUCCACACUUUAUCGUUAUACGCAAUCGAGUGAGAUACGCAGUGGUUUAAGUCCAAGUCAUCAUCGUAUCAAGGAUUUACGUAAUAUGGAUGCUUUAAUUGCUCGUAGUCCAAGCGCGGAGUUUCAAUUUCGAGUGCCAAAGGAUCCAUUUUUAUCACCUUAUUGGGCUAGUGAUGAAUGGCUGUCAAAAAUGCCACAAACUAAGAUUUUGACUUUGGACAUGGAUCCAUGUUUAGAUGAUUGUGUGAUGUUUGCGCGAAAACUGAAAAAUUUAAAUCGUCCAGUUACUUUAGAAAUUCUUAAAGGCUUGCCGCAUGGAUUCCUCAAUUUUACAAUGUUCUCCAAUGAAGCGAUGGAAGGCUCUAAACAUUGUAUCAAUUGCUUGAAAGAACUGCUUAAACUACCUGAUUGAAGAAUAUCAACCAGUACAACAACAAAAUUAUAAAUUGACAAGUUUAAUAUAUUCGAAUAAAUAAAACGUUUAUAUACACA